AUGAAAGAGACCAAAAAGAAUAAGGCAGAAGAAGAGGGGGAAGACGAGGAGGAAGAGGAGGAGGAGAACGAGGAGGUGGUGGAAGAUGUAGUUGAGGAGGCAGUAGAAGAAGAUGGGGAAGAUGAAAGCCAGAAGAAAAAGAGCAAAAAGAAAUCAAAGUCCGAGGACUCAGAAGAUGAUGGGGAAGUGAAGAAGAAGAAAAAGAAGAAGAAAAAAGCCAAGAGAAAAGAGUACAGCAGUGAGGAGGAGGAUGACUAUGAGCGCAGAAAGAAGAAGAAGAAAAAAGUUUAUGAGGUGGUGACAGUUACAGGAGAUGUCCGGGGAGCUGGGACUGAUGCCAAUGUUUUUGUUACUCUUUUUGGAGAAUUUGGGAUCACUCCCAAGACUCAUCUCACGAGCAAGAGCAGCACGGCCUUUGAGAGGAGCAAAACUGACGUGUUCCGAGUGAAAACCAACAAUGUUGGACAAAUAAAGAAAAUAAGGAUUGAGCAUGAUAACACUGGACUGAACGCAGGCUGGUUCCUGGAUCGUGUCAUCGUGACUGACAUGAACAGACCUCACCUCCGUUUUUACUUCCCUUGCAACAACUGGCUGAGCAAGGAGGAUGGGGAUGGGCUGUAUGUCAGGGACCUCAUUGGAAGCCUGAAUCCUAUGGAUGUGCCCAAAAUCAACAAAUACGUGGUCCGAGUUUUCACGGGCGAAGUCAGCGGCAGUGGAACAGAUGCAGAUGUCUUCAUUAAUAUCUUCGGAGAGAAAGGAGACACAGGGGUGAGGAAACUGGACAACGACAAAGACAACUUUGAAAAGGGAGCAGAAGACAAGUUCACGCUCGAUGCUCCGAAUUUGGGCAGGUUAAGAAAAAUUAAUAUAGGUCACAAUAACAAGGGUGGAUCUGCUGGCUGGUUUCUUGCAAAGGUGAUCAUUGAAGACAUUGGCAAUAAAUGUGUGUACCAGUUCCCAGUUGGACGCUGGUUUGCUUUAGAUGAAGAUGAUGGCAAAAUCCAGAGGGACAUUCUUGUUGGGGGUACUGAAGCCACAGGUAUUGUGUACAAUGUUGCUGUAGUGACGGGAGAUAUCAGAGGCGCUGGCACAAACUCCAAGAUCCACGUAAUCCUGCAUGGCUCCAAAGGCUUAAAGAACAGCGGGACAAUUUUCCUGGAAGGAGGUGAAUUUGAGCGCGCCAGGACAGAUCUGUUCAACGUGGAGAUAGCGUCUCUUCUCAGUCCUCUCAGCAGGGUCACCAUUGGGCAUGAUAAUUGUGGCGUCAGCUCUGGCUGGUAUUGUGAGAAGGUGGUGGUUUACUGCCCAUUCACUGGUAUUGAACAAACCUUCCCAUGUGGGAAAUGGCUGGAUGAAGAUGAAGGAGAUGGUCUCAUAGAGAGGGAGCUCUAUGAAAUGGUCUCCCUGCGCCAGAGAAGACUCAAAAAAAAUCCCUGGUCUCUGUGGAUCUGGACAAGUGACAUUAAGAACGCAGGGACAGAUGCCACCAUCUUUUUCCAGAUUUAUGGUGACAAAGGGAAGUCAGACGAAAUGAAGUUGGAUAACAAUUCAGACAACUUUGAAGCUGGACAAACCGACAAAUUCAUGAUUGAGCUCCCUGAUCUGGGCAUAUUUUACAAGCUUCGGAUAUGGCAUGAGAAAAGAAAUCCUUUUGCUGGCUGGCACCUUGAUAAGGUAACUCUGCUGAAAACGCUGACAAAAGACAAAUACUCAUUCAACUGUGGUCGCUGGCUAGAUAUAAAUGAGGAUGACAACGAGAUUGUGCGGGAGCUCCCUGCAGAGGGGUCUCUGGUGACUGAAGUCAUGCCAGUGAUAAAAUACCGAGUGACGGUUUGCACGGGGAUGGUAAGUGGCAGCGGCACGGAUGCCAACGUCUUUGUCUGCCUCAUCGGCGACCAGGGGGACACGGGAGACCGCGUCCUCUACAAAUGCAUAAACAACGUCAAUAAGUUUGAAAAAGGCAACGCUGAUGAAUUCUUCGUUGAAGCAGUAACACUGAAGCAGGUGAGGAGGGUGAGGAUAGGGCAUGAUGGCAAAGGAGGAAGCAGUGGCUGGUACCUUGCCAAAGUGAUAGUGAGGGAAGAAGGACAGCCAGAAAGCGAGGCUGUGGAAUUCCCCUGCUACAGAUGGCUUGACAAAAAUGAGGAUGAUGGUCAGAUUGUCCGAGAAUUAGUGCCUGCUGGAGAGUCACCAUUGCUAAAAAAUGUCAGUUAUCACAUCAGUGUGAAGACAGGAGACAUCCCCGGAGCCAGCUCAGACUCCAAAGUUUUCAUCAAACUCUAUGGUGAAAAAGCUGACACCAGCAAGGAGACUCUCUUGGUCUCUGACAACGAUCUAGGCAAUUAUUUUGAACGUGGCCGCGUGGAUGAGUUUACUAUAGAUACAAUGGAUAUUGGGAAGAUCAAUCGAAUACUAAUUGGACAUGAUAAUGUGGGUCUCCGGUCUGGAUGGUUCCUGGCCAGUGUCCAGAUCACGGUUCCAGUCCAGGGAAGGCAGUACAUGUUCCCCUGCAACCGAUGGCUUGACAAAGACGAGGCUGAUGGCAGGGUGGAAGUGGAGGUCUACCCAAGUGAGAUUUUGCCCAUUGAGAAAUUGAUAAACUAUGAAGUGUCUGUAGUUACUGGAGACGUGCGAGCUGCAGGCACCAACGCCAAGGUCUUCAUGCAGAUUUAUGGCGAGACUGGCAAAACUGAAUUGAUCAUCCUGGAAAACAGAUCGAACAACUUCGAACGGGGAGCCACAGACAUCUUCAAGAUAGAGGCUGCAGAUGUUGGCAAGAUUUAUAAGAUUCGGAUAGGCCACGAUGGGAAAGGCAUUGGGGAUGGCUGGUUCCUGGAAAGUGUCACACUGAAGCGCCUCGAGGAAGAAGAGGAGACAAAGGUGGAAGAAGGAAUGGAUGUCUAUACGUUUGUGGCACACCGCUGGCUAGCUAAAGAUGAAGGAGACAAGGAGCUUGUGGUUGAACUGGUGCCUGACGGAGAAUCUGAACUGGAGGAGAACACAUACGAAGUCCAUGUUCUCACUGGCACUGUGUGGGGUUCUGGGACAGACGCUAGUGUCUUCCUGAGCAUCUAUGGCAUAGGAAGAGGAGACACGGGUGAGCGCCAGCUGAAAAGGUCCAAUAACCUCAACAAGUUUGAAAAGGGCCAGGUGGACGUGUUCACCAUCAAAGCCAUUGACCUGGGUGAGCUGAAGAAGCUGCGGAUCCGCCAUGAUAACUCUGGUAGUAGCCCAAGCUGGUUCCUGGAGAGGGUAGAGAUUGUUGACCUCAAGGAGAGCACCACGUAUUAUUUCCCAUGCCAGCGCUGGCUAGCAGUUGAGGAAGAUGACGGUCAAAUUGUCAGGGAGCUGGUCCCAGUGGAUGAAGCAUUUGUAAAGAAAGAUUCAGAAAAUGAUGGCCAGUCUCUUGCAACGCUGGGCCUGGAACAGAAAGCUAAAUCCACGACAUACAUUGUGAAAGUGAAAACUGGGGACAAGAAGAAUGCUGGAACAGAUGCCAACGUCUUCAUCACUCUUUAUGGGAGUAAAGAUGAUACAGGGAUAGUCAGCCUGAAGGCCUCAAAGCUUAACAAGAACAAAUUUGAGCGUGGGAAGAUAGAUGAGUUUACAGUCGAGUCUGUCGACAUAGGAGACCUGAAAAAAAUCAAGAUAGGCCAUGAUAAUGCAGGUAAUUCAAAUGGCUGGUUUCUGGAAUGGGUGGAAAUUGAUGCCCCAUCCCUGGGACAAUGCCUCAAGUUCCCUUGUGGCCGUUGGCUGGAUAAAUCAGAGGAUGAUGGAGCCAUUGAGAGAUUCAUCUUCCCUGCAGAAUUGCAGACAACAGAAUAUAUCCCAUUUGUUCCUUAUGAGAUUACAGUCUACACCAGCGAUAUCUUUGGAGCUGGCACGGAUGCAGAUGUCUUCAUUGUUCUCUAUGGAAGUGAUGGGAUCUGCACUCAGCAAAAAUCCCUGUGCCUCAACAAGAGAGAGCAACGGAUGUACUUUGAGAGGAACUCGGUGAAUCAGUUCAUUGUGGAGCUGGAGGAUGUUGGUGACAUUAUUGAAAAGAUUCGCAUAGGACACAAUGGUGGAGGGCUGAACUCUGGAUGGCACUUGGAUCGUGUGGCAAUUCGGAGACUGCUACCCAAUGGGAAGGGUUCAGAAACUAUCACGUUUCCAUGUGAAAGAUGGCUUGCAAAGUCUGAAGAUGAUGGUGAGAUUAUCCGAGAACUGGUACCUUCUGAUAUUUUUACUGAAAAGCUCAUGAAGGAUGGGACACUUAAGCAGAUAGAAGAAGAGGUUGAAGACCCGCUGGAAGUUCACACGUACAAAAUCAGCGUGUUCACUGGAGAUAUCUAUGGUGCUGGAACAGAUGCUAACGUUUUCCUAAAUAUCUAUGGAGAUCUGGGGGAUACUGGAGAGCGGAAACUCAGCAAAUCUGAAACAAACUUCAACAAGUUUGAAAGAGGACAGGAGGACACGUUUACGAUACAGGCUGUGGACCUUGGCAUUCUGUACAAGAUCAAGAUUCGCCAUGACAAUAGCAUGUUCAGUCCUGACUGGUUCCUGGAAAAAGUGGAGAUCCUGGAUGAGACCACAGAGGAGUCGUUUGUGUUCCUCUGUGAACGCUGGCUCUCCAAAAAGAAAGAGGACAAGAAGAUAGAACGUACGCUUUAUGAGCAGAGUUACGAUGGUGAACGGAGAAGCCUGAGUGAGUCCUCCGUCAGCCUGUCGAGUCUGGAUAGCAGUGGAAACCCAAAGGAGAAAAAAUCCCGCUUGGUCAAGUCGGCAGAAGAAGGAUUAUUAAUCCCGUACCAUAUCACUGUCACGACGGGCAUUGAGUAUGACUCCAGCACCGACAGCCGAGUGUUCAUCAUCAUCAUGGGUCCUCAGAAAGUGCAGACUGAGAGGCUGUGGCUGGAUCUUCCUGAAGGAAAAGAUGAGUUUGCAGAUGGCUCCGUGGAGAAAUUCUCUGUUUGGGGCCUGGAUGUUGGGGAAAUCAAAAAAGUGGAGGUGGGACACGACGGUGCCACCCCUGAGAGCUGCUGGCUGUUGGAAGAGCUCACCAUUGUCGUGCCCACCAAAGGUGUCAUGUACAACUUUGUCUGUAAAUGCUGGCUGGCCAGAGACAAGGGUGAUGGUCUCACCUCACGGAUCCUCAACAUUCUGGAUGCAGACUGUGUCAAUGUGGGCAUCAAGAUCCUAUACGAAGUCACAGUUGUGACUGGAGACAUCGAAAGCGGUGGUACCGAUGCUGGUAUUUUCAUGACUGUCUUUGGAUCCAAUGGGAACACUGAGGAGAUGCAGCUGGAUAAAAAUGGAGAUAGAUUUGAGCGAGGCCAAGAGGACAGCUUCAUCAUGGAAAUUGCUGAUAUCGCACCCCUGAGGAAGAUGAGAAUCAGGACAGAUGCGAAGGGGAUGCGCCCAGACUGGUUCCUGGAGAGGAUAGUCAUGAGGAACCUGACUAAUCAGGAAGUGGCCACAUUUACAUAUGGUGAUUGGCUGUCAAAGGUGAAAAAUGCCAAGGGAAGUCUUGUGUGUGAGAUGCCAGCCAUGAUAAAUGAUGAGCAGAUGAUGGAGGACACCACUUAUACUAUUCAAGUUAAAACCAGUGAUAUUGGAGGAGCUGGCACUGAUGCCAACGUUUCCUUGAUUCUGUUUGGGGAGAAUGGAGACAGUGGGACCCUUGCUCUGAAGGAGUCCAACAAGUCUAACAAGUUUGAGAGGAACCAGAUGGAUGAAUUCAACUUCCCUGACAUGCUGAGCCUGGGAGAUCUCUGCAAAGUGCGAAUAUGGCAUGACAACAAAGGAAUCGCUCCAGGUUGGCACUUGGAAUAUAUUGAUGUGAUGGACUCUGCCACAGACAAGACUUUUCGCUUCCAGUGCGAUCGCUGGCUGGCUAAAGGUGAAGAUGAUGGGCAGCUCAUAAGGGAGCUGGCUUGUGCCAAUAAUGACAUCCUGGAAUUGAAGGAACGGACUGCCUAUGAAAUUGUCACAGUAACAAGCGACAGAGAUGAUGCAGAAACAAAGGAGAACAUCUGGAUCAUCUUGGAAGGAAAGCUGGGCCGCUCGAAAGAGUUCCUUAUGGAAAACUCCUCCAAGAAAAGGAGAUUUGAAAGAGGAUCAACAGAUACGUUCCAGUUUUCUUCUAAGAACCUUGGUGAUAUUGCAGCCAUCUGUGUUGGUCACUGUCCAAAGGAUGGAAAGAAGUCAUCUGCAAAAGCUGAUGUCUACUGGCAUGUCAAGGAGAUUAUCAUAACGGAGAUGGAGCUUUGCAACAAGUAUUUUUUCAAGUGCAAUGGGAAAAUCCCUCUGCGGUACAAGCGACGGGACUACAAAGUCUUUGAGUGUGCCAAGGUCAUUGAGAGCUUUGCCAGCAAAGCCCGCAGCUUGGUGCCAGUCAAAUACGAGACCAUCGUGGUCACUGGCUUUGAAAAGGGUGCGGGGACGGAUGCCAACGUGUUCAUCACCAUCUUUGGGUUGAAUGGGGAUUCAGGGAAGCGAGCCCUGAAGCAGAAAUUCAGGAACCUCUUUGAACGGGGCAAAACCAACAGAUUCUACCUGGAAACACUGGACAUGGGGGAGCUGAAAAAGGUCCGGAUUGAGCAUGACAACAGUGGGCUGGCCCCCGGCUGGCUGGUGGAGAGGGUGGAGAUCACCAACUCAGCCACCGGUGUGACCACCAUAUUUCCCUGCGGGAAGUGGCUGGAUGAGAAUCGGGGCGAUGGGUUAAUCUGGAGGGAUCUGUUUCCCAGGUAUUGA